UCAUCCGAAUCGCUGCUAGGAGCUCCCCAAUCUUCGGCUUUCCUCAAGGACCCAAGUCAGCGGACGACUCGCUACAGAGGGCACGGAGGGGUUUCUUCCUGACAGCAAUCCGAAGCUCUUGAUCCCGGGACUCAACGUGUUACACCGGGAGGAAAUCCUGGAAAGAAGGUGAUUUAGGGAAGCAGCUUGGAGCGAGAAUAUGCUGUCUAUCCUGGGAUCGUCUGCGGUUUCGCCGUCCAGGCGUGAUACGCUGCUGGAGGCCGUACAAAAGUUCUGCCCUCGGAUCAAUUCUCUCGAUGCUGUAUAUGUCCACCUGGUCGAUAGUACCUCGCCCGAAGCUGAAGCUGAGCUGGCAAGUCCUGAUUCCGCGGCCCGCAAAAUCCUGGAUCAAUUGCUCAAUUAUGGCGACGCGAUCACCCUGCUUUCCACCACGAAAGUCAUCCAUUCAGGGUCCAAUGUGGCAUACGUAGUCCCCCGAGCUGGAUCCAUUUCCCCAUGGUCAAGCAAAGCCACCGACAUUGCGCAUUUGUGUAACCUAGGUCAGCACGUACAGCGGAUCGAGCGAGGCUACGUAUACGCGUUCACCACCACGGACGGCUCCACACUGUCUCUUUCAGACAUCGCCUCUUUCUCUAACCUGAUCCAUGACCGAAUGACUCAGACGGUCCAAUUGACUUUACCAGAGCCGACCACAAUGUUCGCCCAUUCAUCGCCUGCUCCUUUAAGGAUAGUCGAACUGCAGGAUACAACGACCACGUCCUCUGCCUCAUACGAAGAUGCUCGCCAGAAACUCGUCACUGCCAACACAAGACUCGGCCUUGCUCUAGCUCAGGACGAAAUCAACUACCUGGUAUCCGCCUUCCUUUCCUCUUCCCCAAAGCGUAACCCCACCGAUGCCGAGCUUUUCAUGUUCGCGCAAGUCAACUCUGAGCACUGCAGACAUAAAAUAUUUAACGCGUUCUGGACUAUCGACUCUCAGCCGAAGCCAAACAGCCUCUUCCAGAUGAUUCGCAACACCGAGAAGGCGAUCAGCGGCUUCUACACUAUCUCUGCCUAUUCUGACAACGCUGCUGUAUUCACCGGUCAUAGCCAGAUCCCUCGGUUCGGCGUGUCCAACGAGUCCAAUCCAGGAUGCUCGAGUGUGUACCAGACCAGCGUGGAGGAUGCUCCGAUCUUGUGUAAAGUCGAGACCCAUAACCACCCUACAGCAGUCUCUCCUUUCCCAGGUGCUGCCACCGGCUCUGGCGGAGAGAUCAGAGACGAGGGUGCGGUUGGUAGGGGAUCAAAACCUAAGGCCGGCCUAACCGGGUUCACCGUGAGCAAUCUACUCAUCCCGGGAUUCCUCAGGGAAUGGGAGACCAACGGAUCAGAGAACCAAGGUGCAGAUUCAGUCGAUGGUAUUGGCAAGCCUGAAGACGUUGCGAGUGCCUUGGACAUCAUGAUCGAAGGCCCCCUUGGUGCCUGCGGGUUCAACAACGAGUACGGUCGGCCGGGCUUGGCUGGGUACUUCCGUACCUUCCUGCAGCGCGUUCCCGGUGCCAAGGGCGAGGAGAUCCGCGGCUAUCACAAACCUAUAAUGCUCGCUGGCGGGUACGGCCACGUCCGUCCGUACUUCGCGUUGAAGUCGAAGAUCCCUGUCGGCGCAAAGCUGGUAGUACUCGGCGGGCCGGGUCUAUUGAUUGGCUUGGGUGGCGGCGCUGCGAGUAGCCGUAAGAGUGGCGAGGGCAGUCGUGAUCUGGACUUUGCGUCGGUGCAGCGGGACAACGCUGAGAUGGAGAGGAGGUGCCAGGAGGUGAUCGAUUCGUGCGUGAACCUCGGAGCUGCUGGCAACCCGAUAACGAGUAUCCACGACGUUGGCGCCGGCGGCUUGUCCAACGCUCUACCGGAGUUGGUCCACGACUCUGGACUGGGAGCAAAGAUUGAGAUUCGGGACGUGCCUGUCGCGGAUACCUCGAUGUCGCCAAUGGAGAUAUGGUGCAAUGAGUCACAGGAACGUUAUGUCCUAGCCGUUAGUCCUGAGUCUGGAAUGGAGGAGACUUUCAAGAGCAUAUGCGAUCGGGAACGCUGCCCGUUCGGCAUCGUGGGUGAGGCCACCGCUGAAGAAAUACUGAUUGUCAGUGAUAGGCUACUGGGCCAGGACGUCGUGAGGCUCAAGAUGGAGAUGCUGUUCGGGAAGCCGCCGAAGAUGCACAGGACCGACGAGACGCAGUCCGUGUCAUUCGUCCCGUUUGACGUUUCGCUGAGCAAGUACCUGCCUGCGUUAUCACUCCAAGAGCGCAUUGCCGCUGCCGUCGACAGGGUCCUCCACCUCCCGGCAGUCGCUUCCAAAUCUUUCUUGAUCACCAUCGGAGACCGUACUAUUACUGGUCUGGUAACGCGCGACCAGAUGGUUGGACCAUACCAGGUGCCGGUGGCUGAUUGUGCUGUGACGAGAGCUACCUACGGCUUCGGCGUCAAGCGCGGAGAAGCCAUGGCUAUGGGAGAGAGACCUCCUAUUGCUUUGAUUAAUCCUGCAGCUAGCGCGAAAAUGGCCGUCGCUGAGUCGCUGAUGAACCUCUCCGCCUCGUACGUCGGGACCGGAUCUGCUUCAAACACCAACGCCUUGAGUAGGGUGAAGCUCAGUGCGAACUGGAUGUGCGCCGCUGGAAAGUGUGGUGAGGGGAAGGCCCUAUACGAGGCUGUCCAAGCUAUCGGCAUGGACUUAUGUCCGGCUCUGGGUGUCGGUAUCCCAGUCGGUAAGGACUCCAUGUCUAUGGCGAUGAAAUGGAAGGACGGGAAGAGCGGCGAAGAUAGAGAAGUCUCUGCGCCCGUUUCAGUCGUGAUCAGCGCGUUCGCGGCGGUUGAGGACGUCGAGAAGACUUGGACCCCUGAAUUGAAGGUAGCGAACGGUCAGCAAACGAUGUUGGUCUUCUUCGACUUGGCCGGCGGAAAGCAAAGGCUCGGUGGCAGCGCGCUAGCUCAAGUGUUCAGCGAGAUUGGCGAUGUUGUCCCCGACGUGGAGGAUGCGUCGGUCCUCAGAGCAUUCUUAAACGGUUGCCAGUCGGUGAGGAAGGCUGCACCGGACGCCGUAUUAGCGUAUCAUGAUAGAUCCGACGGCGGGUUGUUCACCACUAUCACAGAGAUGGCCUUCGCGGGUCGCGUAGGAGUGGAAGUCAACCUUGACUCUUUCAUCCACGACAAAAAGGACUUUGUUUCGGCGCUCUUCAAUGAAGAACUCGGCGCGGUCAUGCAGGUCCACCAGAGGCACCUUGGCGACGUCAGCAACGCCUUCGUUCGCGCAGGUUUCCCUUCAUCGUAUAUCCACGUUAUUGGGCACGUCAACUUCCAGCCAGGGGACCAAACUAUCAGCUUCAUCCACAAGUCCGAGGUUGUCUUUGAGAGCUCGAGGCCUCAGCUGCAGGCUGCCUGGGCUGAGACAUCUUACCGCAUGCAGUCAUUGCGGGACAAUCCGGAAGGUUCAGGGCAGGAGUAUUCGCUCAUAAAGGAUGAGACCUACCGGGGAAUUUACUACGACCUCACGUUCACCUAUGAGCCGGCCCCGUCGUUCUCCAGCCGGCCAAAGGUCGCGAUCCUACGGGAGCAAGGCGUGAACGGACAUAUCGAGAUGGCGUGGGCGUUCACUGCUGCAGGCUUCGACGCUGUGGACGUCCACAUGUCGGACAUCCUCUCCGGCUCGACGAGCCUCGCCGAUUUCCGUGGCCUCGCAGCGUGUGGAGGGUUUUCGUACGGUGACGUACUUGGAGCUGGACGGGGCUGGGCGAAGUCAGUCUUGCUUCACGACCGGACGAGGAAGGAAUUUUCAGAGUUCUUCGCAAGGAAGGAUACGUUCACCCUGGCGGUGUGCAAUGGUUGCCAGUUCUUGAGCGCGUUGAAAGAGAUCGUGCCUGGUGCGCAGGAUUGGCCGGAGUUCAAGGUAAAUAAGAGCGAGAGGUUCGAGGGAAGGGUGUGUAUAGUGGAGGUUGAUGACGGGGCGGUGACCAAGUCCUCGGUCUUCUUGCGGGAAAUGAUCGGGUCUUUCCUCCCUAUCGCCGUGGCACACGGAGAAGGCAGGGCAACAUUCACUACUCAGGGUCAGCAGCGGUCCCUCGAGAUGCAAGGUCUGGUUGGCUUGCGGUACGUCGACUCGCAGAAGCAGCCGACGGAGAUGUAUCCGCUUAACCCUAAUGGGAGUCCCGCGGGCAUUACGGGCGUUCAAACGCCGGAUGGGAGGGUGCUUGCGUUGAUGCCUCACCCGGAACGUGUCGUGACGUUGGAGAGCAAUAGCUGGUAUCCCCCGGAAAUCAAGGAUGCGUGGAAUGGUACUGGUCCAUGGUUCAGAUUGUUCCAAAGUGCGCGAAAAUGGUGUGCAGAGUAAAAUCUGAGACGUAUGAUUUGUUGCGAGUUUCAAUGAAGUCGGGCCUUAUGGGUAGAAAAAUAAGUAAUGUAGCGAUAGAAUCACUGUAUUCUGCUUAUAUUGACACAACCUGUUAUAUCAGUGGAAGUUUUGAG